CUCCGCGCCGCUGGGGCUCUAUGGCGGGGGCCCCUGGGCGCGCACUCUAUGGUCGCGGCCCGCCCCCCCCGCCGGCGCCGCUUCCCUGAGGCGGGACCGGGCCGGGACCGGGGCCGGGACCCGGCGGCGGCUCCGGCGCUCCUCACGCGUGGCCCUGCGGGGCUCUGAGCUGAUGAUGGAAGAGGUGCACAAGGGCAGCAGCAGCAGCAGCUCUGUCACGUCCCAGCCCUCAGCUGUACAAGGUACAACCCUCCAGGCAGCUCAGCUCUCUCAUAUUGCUCAACAGAUGUCUCUCAGAGGUUCUGCUCCCCUCACAGUCGUUCAGCUUCCUGGAGAGCAAGUGCAGGUCCAGGGAGUCAUUCAGACAGCUCAGUCCUCCUCUGUGAUCCACUCCCCUCAGGUGCAAACCGUGCAGGUAUCUUCCCUGUCUGAGAGUGAGGAUUCUCAGGACUCCUCAGACAGCAUUGGCUCCUCACAGAAGGCUCGAGGCAUCUUGGCUCGUCGUCCAUCCUACCGAAAAAUUUUGAAAGAUCUUUCUUCUGAAGACACACGGGAUAGAAAAGGAGAUGAGGAAAGUCCUGGGGUCUCCACUGUCGCCUCCAUGUCCGUUCCCACGCCCAUCUACCAGACAAGCACUGGACAGUACAUUGCCAUCGCGGCCAACGGGCUGCAGCUGGCGGGGCCGGGGGCGGACGCGGUGCAGGGGCUGCAGACACUGACCAUGGCCAACGCCGCCGCCUCCCAGCCCGGCACCACCAUCCUGCAGUACGCCCAGACCUCGGACGGGCAGCAGAUCCUGGUGCCCAGCAACCAGGUGGUGGUGCAGACUGCCUCUGGGGACAUGCAGACGUACCAGAUCCGCACCACGCCCACCACCUCCUCCCUGCCCCAGACCGUGGUGAUGACGUCCCCGGUCACCCUGACAUCCCAGAGCAGCAAGACAGAUGACCCGCAGCUGAAACGGGAGAUCAGGCUGAUGAAGAACAGAGAAGCUGCCCGGGAGUGCCGUAGGAAGAAGAAGGAGUACGUGAAAUGUUUGGAAAAUCGAGUGGCAGUCCUGGAAAAUCAGAACAAAACUCUAAUUGAAGAGCUAAAAACUUUGAAAGAUCUUUACUGUCAUAAAAGUGUGUAAGAAGAGAAGGUAAAAACAUUUGGGGACUGGUGAAAUAUCAGAGGAGAAUUUUUUUUUUAUACUGAAUUUUUUAAACUAGAUGAAAGGUCAAAAAUGAAACUUUUCUACCUAGAUUUCACUGCUCAAAGACUCUAUAGAUUUUCUUUACAACAUGUUGGUGACAAAGUACAAAGAGGAAACAAGAAAACCUCACCAAAAUUCCUGCUGGCACAACUGGAAACUGCUAAAUUCAAGAUUGCAGCUACAGCAGAAGGACAGUCACGUGUGGCAAGGCAGGUGAUGAGAGUUUCUUUGAAAAUUCCUAUGAAUGCCUCUAAUAAGGGAGGCAAAAUUUGGUUACAAAGAAAAAACAUGGGUGAAACAGAAUCCUUGCCAUAGCUGACAUUAUUAGUAACGUUUAUAACCAGUGUAUGUUUUGAUUUCUUACUCUUUUUCAAGCCUUUUUCCUUCAGUUAUUUGUCUGUAAAUAUUUUUAUUUUAACCUGUAAGUUGGUCUUUACAGGUGCAGAUGAUAAAAAAGCUGAUACUUUGCUCGAGGUAUAAAUUAUGUUUUUACUCUUCCUCAGAUGACAAUUUAAAAAGUUGGGAUGAUUUUUUUUUUCCAUGUUUGCCGUGUUUAUCAGAUUGGGGAAGGAUCUGCAGAAGGCAGCAAGAGGCCUGGUCCUGGAAAUGUCUGAGGCACAGAAAAUUGUGUUGGUUUUCUUAGAGAAUUCAACACAUCAGUGACUUUAAAGCACAGUGAGAGGGGCAAGGACUGGUGACAAAAGUUCUGAAGAAUUUCUGAGAUGAAACUUCUCAAAGUUGUUCAUUUCACAAGAGUUUGUUCUUAGUUCUGGGCAUGAGAAACAUUGAUCAUUGAAAAUUAAAUUGUGUGCUGAUCAUAUCUACAAUUAAACACUCAGUGCUUGUCCUGGCUGGGGAUUCUCCUGGGCUUUGGAACAUGAAACCAAAUAGAAGAAAAAUGAUGUAGUAAAAAAUGAAAGAUCUAUACCAAAGGGUUAUGAGGUUCUAAUCUCUGGUUUAUUGCUGGAAGUAGUGCAAAAUUACAAUUUCCAGCCUAAUUUUGUAAGGUAGGAGCUAUUUUGCAAAGUAAUGGUAUCUUUGUAAGCAAAUACUAUAUUGCAAACAGGGAGAUGGUUGGUAUAUUUUGUAGCUAAAUUGUGAUCUUUACAAAACCUGAAAUUGAGUUUCUAUACGUAUUUUGACAGUUUAUAUCUUUCAUUUUAGUAACCAAAUGAAAUAUUUUGUGAACCAGAUUUUCAAGGAUAUAUUUUUAUGGAUAGUACAAAGUCAAAUGAGAUCCUCUUUGGUGUAGGAGAUACUUGAAUUAAUUUUGUAUGUCUGUAGGCAACUUGCAGAAAAAAACAGAUCCUAAAGAGUAUUGGGGCGGGGGGGAAAGGAGGAAAAAUAAAAGAAAUUCGAGCUUUUUACUCCCCAGAGCUGACAAUAUCUGCACAUUCGAUCUCAUUGUGUCAGAGAGUCCAGUUUGUACAAUUUAAACUUGUUUCAGGUGAAAAUCAAACGUUUGACAUGAU